UCCAAUCAAACAAUUUUUGAUGGAUGAAUAUAUAGUCUUUCCAAUUCAACUUCCUUCAGUAUUCUAGACUCAACACGCUUUUAAGUUUUCUCUGCUAUGCAGGAGGAUUACAGAAACAAAAUAAAUAGAACAACGAUGGAAAUAGCAGAUUCCUUUCGGCAUAGAAUUUCUUCAUCUUCAGGUCCAACUGAGACUUCUACAGUUAAUGCUGUAGGGGAGAGACGCCAGCAAACGAAUUUUCCAGAGAAGCAGCCAGUCUAUUUGUGCCUGCAAAACACAUCGAAUUUAUUUCAGCAACCAAAAAACAUGCCUAAACUAGCAGAGUUUACACCUUCACAACAUAGAAGCCAGCAUAUAUCACAGCCUAUUCAGGUUCAUCGGCUACAUGAUUCUGAAAAGCAAAGUACUUCAUCACAAGGAGGGCUUCAGAGCAUGGUAGAUUGCGACAAGCGCCCUACUUCACAAGAAGUUCUUCCAGAAGCCUCAAAGGUUAUGCUUGUUUGUGCCGGAAAACUCUCCUUUUAGUCAUGUGCUUUCAACAUUAUGACAUAUUUCUUCGAUUUUUUUUUUUUUGGUAGUUUAAUUUACAACCAAUCAUAUAAUUGUUGGAUUCUAGUUUUUAUCUCUUUACCUAGGUUAAGGUUCACAUUAUCUGCUGUCUCAUGGAUGUUACCUCUGUCAAUUCAUCUCGAUGACUAAUCUCUCUGUUGUUCUUUUAAUUGAUUAGUACUUCUGAAACUUGUUUUAUUCCUUUUUCCAGAGUUCGUCUUAGUUAACAUUUGGAACUCUGCAAUAUAUUGCUUUUGUACAUGGCUGGUGUCAUCUUGACGCUUUUCAAUAAUUUUUAAUCUGUUGGAAAUUUGAACGUAUAUGAUUUCAAGAACAUAGCUUCUUCUUUUUUUUUUUUUUCCCCUCGAAAGCAGUUACUUAUCGAUUCAAUAUCUUUCAUCCAUUUUAGCACCAUCACAAUCAACAGCUCUCCCCAGAACUGCAAAUGCUGCUGCUUGGCAUGAUCUGGCCUAUCAAGUGCUUCAAUCUCUGAGGCGAAUCUGCUUACCUUAUCUGAUGGAAAAUCUUGGGAGGGUAUGUAACAUUUGUGUUCAGGAAAGAGACUCAAUACCACUUGGAAAGUACAAGAUAUGUAGACUUAAUAUUGAGCAAACGAUAAAGUUUCUAAUGUUAUCCCGGAGUGAUAUCGAGAAGUUCUCAAAGGAGGAAUUCAAUCAAAAUCAGCAGAUGAUUCAGCAACUUUGUCACAUUAACAGAAAGAAUUCUGUUCCUCUACAAGAACAUGCAAAACUUCACCCACUUGCUGCUCGAUCUCAAAUUCCAUUUCCAUCACAAGGUCAAAAUGUGAAACCUCACUUGCAGCCAAACAUGACAAGCGCUUCAUCCUCAUCUGGUUCUCAAAGAGGGACGGAUAAGAGGAAUAUGUUGAAUUCAUAUCUGCACGGUUUUUCUAGUUCUUUAAGCCAAAAUGCAGUCGGGUUGCCACAACAGACUAGCUUCUCUCAGAAGACCAGUGUCAAUGCACAAGAUCCUAUUAUCUUCACAUUGCAGCCACAGAAGCUCGGGUGGCCCAAAAGGAUUGAGAUGAAGAAGCCACAGAUGCCAAUGCAGAACAUCCAUGAAGUUCUUAUUCCUCGUAAUCAUGACCAGCCACCGGCAUCUCCUCCUUGGACGUCUCAGCAGUCUUUUCCUUGCCCUGAUGAGAAAAAUCUCCCAUCUCUUUCAAAGGCUAUGGUCUUGCGAUAUAUGACUUCAACAAUUACUACAGCUUAUCCUACUCCCUCGAUUCCAUCUUCAUUACCACUAGACUUUAACAAACAUCCUGCUGGUGUUUGUCCCCUCUCAGAUACAAAACAUAUUCCACAUUCUCAAACAAAUGCUCAAUCUGAUAACCAGACCAGCAGUCAAUUCCAUGACAUCAAAAUGCCAAUCAUGGAAAGUCCUGCUACAGAUAAUGGGAACCAGCAACCAUCGACUAAAAUGGAGCCAAUAGAACGCUUAUGUAGAGCGGUAGCAUCAAUGUCACCUAGAGCAUUGGUUAGUGCUGUUAAUGAAAUUGGUUCGGUCAUGAACAUGGCUGAUAUAAUUCAUGAGAGCAGAGUUGCUGUUGGUGAAAUCUUUUUAACCAGUCAGAUAUGUGAAACGGAAAUAACUGCAAUGCCGUGGAUGAAGAGAUGCAAGAUUGAGGUAUGAUGAGGCAUGCAAGCUGAGUAGCUUUCAAGAUUUUAGUCUAGCUUUCAACUUUUAACUUGGAUUGUAUUACACAGACUGAUGAGAUAGCUAUAUCAAAAUGUAACUCAAAUUUCCAAUUGCAAAUUUCAGACCAUGCCACUUUA